CAACAUCCAAUCAGUAUCAGUCACACUAUAGAUUAACUAACACGAAUCGAACACCAACAAAAACAUCAUCAAAAACACUCACCCAGAAUUGAAAUUGGAGGCGGGUGGCUCCCGACGUUCCAUUCCUUUUAUCUCCAAAUCCACAAUUUCCCAUUUCCACACAUUCACCACACUCCACAAACACCUACCAUCAUCAUCCCCUAUCUCCAUUCUCCUCUCCCAAACACACACUCAACUCCACACACAAUCCCCACUCUCUGAUUGUGCGCGCGCGUGUGUGUGUCUGAUUCUGAGCAGUUGAUGAGAGAUGUCUCUGCACUCUGCCGGCCAAGUAGUGCAGUCGGUGAAGCUCUUUAGCAUCACCGACAGUUGUAGAAAAGACUUGGUCUUUGUCGAUUUCGUGGGCUUGUGCGGCGCCAAGAAAAAUGUGGGUCGUCGGAGGGCGGGCGUUGGAGUGAAUAGCCGCAGCUCUCAAAGGAAUCAUCUUCGCGGCUUGGCGGGGAAAACAUGGGGUUCAUCCAUUAAGUCGGUUCUUGAUCUCGAGCGCGUUAAACCCGACUCACAAAAACGGUCUUCUGAUCCCAAGCCGAAGGUUGCAGACUUGAACGAUAUAUUGGCUGAAAAGGGGGAAUGCGGUGUUGGGUUUAUUGCCAAUUUGGACAACAAAUCAUCAUAUGGAAUUGUCAAGGACGCUCUUACAGCUCUUGGGUGCAUGGAACAUCGUGGAGGGUGUGGAGCAGAUAAUGAUUCAGGGGAUGGUUCAGGUAUUAUGACCUCAAUUCCCUGGGACCUUCUCAACAAUUGGGCCAACGAACAAGGGAUUGCUUCCUUUGAUCAGUUGCAUACUGGUGUUGGGAUGUUGUUUCUUCCAAAGGAUGAGGACCUCAUGAAACAGGCCAAAACAGCAAUCUUGAAAAUAUUUGAACAAGAGGGUCUUGAAGUGCUUGGCUGGAGGCCAGUACCUGUAGAUGUGUCUGUGGUUGGUUACUAUGCAAGAGAAGCUAUGCCAAACAUACAGCAGGUCUUUGUUCAAAUUCCGAAGGAAGAAAAUAUAGAUGACAUUGAAAGAGAAUUUUUUAUAUGCCGGAAGUUGAUCGAAAGAUUAGCAAGCUCUGAAACAUGGGGAAAUGAGCUGUACUUUUGCUCAUUAUCGAAUCAAACUAUAGUUUACAAGGGAAUGCUGCGAUCUGAGGUUCUUGGUCGCUUUUAUUAUGAUCUACAGAACAACCUUUACAAAACUCCUUUUGCUAUAUAUCAUCGUCGGUACAGUACAAAUACUAGUCCUAGAUGGCCUCUAGCUCAACCAAUGAGGUUCCUUGGUCAUAAUGGAGAGAUCAACACGAUACAGGGGAAUUUGAACUGGAUGCAGUCUCGGGAGACUUCACUUAAAUCACCAGUUUGGCGUGGUCGUGAAAGUGAACUCCGCCCUUUUGGAAACUCUAAAGCAUCAGACUCUGCAAACCUCGACAGUGCAGCAGAAUUGUUGAUAAGAAGUGGACGCGCUCCUGAGGAAGCCCUGAUGCUCCUCGUUCCUGAAGCAUACAAAAACCAUCCAACUCUGUCGAUCAAAUAUCCUGAGGCUAUUGAUUUUUAUGAUUACUACAAGGGUCAAAUGGAGGCUUGGGAUGGACCUGCUUUACUCUUAUUCAGUGAUGGGAAAACAGUUGGAGCUUGUCUUGACCGAAAUGGACUUCGCCCUGCUAGAUAUUGGCGGACGGUAGACAAUGUUGUCUAUGUGGCAUCUGAGGUGGGUGUUUUACCAACGGAUGACUCGAAAGUUGUAAUGAAAGGGCGUUUGGGCCCUGGGAUGAUGAUUUCUGUCGACCUAACUAGUGGACAGGUAUUUGAAAAUACUGAGGUUAAAAAGCGAAUUGCACUAUCUAAUCCUUAUGGGAAAUGGGUGAAAGAAAAUCUCCGUCCUUUGAAGCCUGAACACUUUAUGUCUACAACUGUCUUGGACAAUGAAACAAUUUUAAGGCGCCAACAGGCAUACGGAUAUUCUAGUGAAGACGUCCAGAUGGUGAUUGAAUCGAUGGCCUCCCAAGGGAAGGAGCCUACUUUCUGUAUGGGGGAUGAUAUCCCUUUGGCAGUGUUAUCCACAAGGCCUCACAUGUUGUUCGACUAUUUCAAGCAACGAUUUGCUCAGGUUACCAAUCCUGCUAUAGAUCCUCUCAGAGAAGGACUAGUCAUGUCUCUUGAAGUCAACCUUGGGAAACGAGGCAACAUACUAGAAGUUGGCCCAGAAAACGUUUCUCAGGUCAUGUUGUCAAACCCUGUACUUAAUGAAGGGGAGCUGGAGUCUUUACUGAAAGAUCCACUCUUGAAAGCCCAAGUUUUACCCACGUAUUUUGACAUAAGGAGAGGAGUCGAAGGUUCGCUAGAGAAAACACUGAACAAGCUCUGCGAAGCUGCUGAUGAAGCUGUUAGAAAUGGUUCCCAGCUCCUUGUUCUAUCUGACAGGUUUGAUGAGCUGGAGGCAACUAGGCCAGCCAUCCCGAUACUUCUAGCCGUGGGUGCUGUUCACCAGCAUCUGAUUCAGAAUGGACUGCGAAUGCAAGCUUCCAUUGUUGCUGAUACAGCUCAGUGCUUCAGUACUCAUCAAUUUGCCUGUCUAAUUGGAUAUGGCGCGAGUGCUAUCUGCCCAUACCUGGCACUGGAGACAUGUCGUCAGUGGCGGUUGAGCACUAAAACUGUGAACCUGAUGCGCACUGGAAAAAUGCCUACUGUUACAAUUGAACAGGCUCAGAAGAACUUUUGCAAGGCGGUUAGAUCUGGCCUUCUGAAGAUUCUCUCAAAAAUGGGCAUCUCAUUGCUCUCCAGUUACUGUGGCGCACAAAUAUUUGAAGUUUAUGGACUGGGCCAAGAAAUAAUUGACAUUGCUUUUUCUGGGAGUGUGUCGAAGAUUGGUGGAUUAACACUAGAUGAGUUAGCACGAGAGACAUUGUCAUUCUGGGUUAAGGCUUUCUCCCAAGACACUGCUAAAAGACUUGAGAAUUUUGGGUUCAUACAGUUUAGGCCCGGAGGAGAAUAUCAUGGAAACAAUCCUGAGAUGUCAAAGCUUCUUCACAAAGCCGUACGACAAAAAAGUGAAUCUGCAUAUUCAAUUUAUCAGCAGCAUUUGGCCACCCGACCAGUGAAUGUUCUCAGGGAUCUCUUUGAACUUAAAAGUGACAGGUCUCCAAUUCCACUUGGAAAGGUUGAGCCCGCUACCUCUAUUGUUCAGAGGUUUUGUACUGGUGGCAUGUCACUUGGUGCAAUAUCCAGAGAAACUCAUGAGGCGAUUGCCAUUGCAAUGAACAGAUUAGGCGGAAAAUCUAAUUCUGGAGAAGGGGGAGAGGAUCCAAUUCGGUGGACUCCGCUUACAGAUGUCGUUGAUGGGUACUCUCCAACAUUACCUCACCUUAAAGGUCUUCAAAAUGGUGAUACUGCUACUAGUGCCAUAAAGCAGGUCGCUUCAGGGCGUUUUGGAGUCACCCCAACUUUCUUGGCUAACGCCGACCAACUAGAAAUCAAAAUCGCGCAAGGUGCAAAACCAGGAGAAGGUGGCCAACUGCCAGGGAAGAAAGUCAGUGCUUAUAUUGCAAGAUUAAGGAACUCGAAGCCAGGUGUACCACUCAUAUCUCCACCUCCUCAUCACGACAUUUACUCUAUUGAGGAUCUUGCCCAAUUGAUUUAUGACCUUCACCAGGUCAACCCCAGAGCUAAAGUAUCGGUAAAGCUAGUUGCAGAAGCUGGCAUUGGUACAGUGGCUUCUGGAGUUGCCAAGGGUAAUGCUGACAUUAUACAGAUAUCAGGACAUGAUGGAGGAACUGGUGCUAGCCCGGUAAGCUCUAUUAAGCAUGCUGGUGGUCCUUGGGAACUUGGGGUUACAGAAACACAUCAGACACUCAUUUCAAAUGGGCUUAGAGAAAGGGUCAUUCUCAGAGUCGAUGGUGGGUUCAAGAGUGGAUUUGAUGUUCUCAUGGCUGCAAUAAUGGGUGCUGAUGAGUACGGAUUUGGUUCUAUUGCCAUGAUUGCUACUGGUUGUGUCAUGGCUCGUAUAUGCCACACGAAUAACUGUCCUGUUGGUGUAGCCAGCCAGAGGGAAGAGCUAAGAGCUCGUUUUCCCGGUGUACCUGCUGACCUUGUCAACUAUUUCUUAUAUGUCGCGGAAGAGUUGAGAGGUGUGCUGGCCCAACUUGGCUAUGAGAAACUCGACGACAUAAUUGGUCACACCGAGCUACUUAGACCUCGAGAUAUUUCAUUAGUGAAGACCCAACAUCUAGACCUUAAUUAUAUUCUCUCUAAUGUUGGAUUACCAAAAUUAACCAGCACUCAAAUAAGGAACCAGGAAGUGCAUAGUAACGGGCCUGUUCUGGAUGAUACGUUGCUUGCAGACGAAGAGAUAGCCAAGGCUAUUGAGAAUGAAACAGUCGCGAAUAAGACUGUACAAAUAUACAACGUGGACAGGGCAGUUUGUGGCCGAGUUGCUGGUGUAAUUGCAAAGAAAUAUGGAGACACCGGGUUUGCUGGUCAAGUGAACAUAACGUUUGUAGGGAGUGCAGGUCAGUCAUUUGGUUGCUUUUUGACACCCGGCAUGAACAUCCGUUUAAUUGGAGAAGCUAACGACUACGUUGGAAAGGGUAUGGCUGGAGGCGAACUCGUAGUUGUGCCUGUCGAAAAUCCCGGAUUUGUCCCGGAGGACGCCACUAUAGUUGGAAACACCUGCUUAUAUGGAGCAACUGGUGGCCAAGUCUUUGUUAAUGGGAAAGGUGGCGAGCGUUUUGCUGUCCGGAACUCACUAGCUGAAGCAGUCGUGGAAGGAACCGGAGAUCACUGCCUCGAGUAUAUGACUGGGGGUUGCGUCGUCAUCCUAGGAAAGGUUGGAAGAAACGUAGCUGCAGGCAUGACCGGAGGUCUGGCCUACAUUCUUGACGAGGACGACACCCUUAUCCCAAAGGUGAACAAGGAAAUCGUCAAGAUCCAGAGAGUCGUUGCUCCAGUCGGACAGAUGCAACUCAAGAACCUCAUCGAAGCCCAUGUCGAAAAAACUGGUAGCAGCAAAGGGUCUCAAAUUCUGAAGGAAUGGGACAAAUAUUUGCCACUGUUUUGGCAAUUGGUUCCUCCAAGUGAAGAAGACACUCCAGAAGCAUGUGCAGAAUACGAUCAGACGACUGCGGGUGUCACUCUGCAGUCAGCAUAGGAUCGGCCACCCUCACAACGCGACGGCUUAUGAUUGAACAAAGCAGCCAACCCAUCCUAAUACUAGGAUAUAAGAGCAGUUUGUUUGUACAGUGUUUCUGUAGAAAUUUGAGAUUCGUAUAGAUUCUCUUUCUAGAAUGAGAUCUUGUUUUUAAAGAUCAAACAGCCUACAGAAUUUGGAAAUCAGAUUUGAAUUCCCCAUCAAAUCGGGAGAUAAAAACAGGAUGCUUUUGCUUGAUGAUUGGCACUUGUUCAAAUCUAUGUUGGGAGCAAUAAACUUCUGUAUAUGUAUGUACUAUAUCAAUGUAAUUGUACAUGCAAGUGAAAAUUACUCCAUAAUUUAUCUUUUUGUUGCUUUGAUCAGUA